UGCAUUGUGGGAGGAAGAAGCCUCAUUUUGCAGAGUGAUUUGGGCGGGAGAGGCAGACGCCUCCAUCUUUUCUCUGUUCCGCCCGCCCUCUAUAUAUCUCCAGUAGGGGGAGGGAUUUCCGGCGCGGAUAACCCAGAUGAAGCCUGGCCGGGUGCUUUGGCGUCCACAGAGAUUCUGAAGAUGUCGGCAGGAGCUGAAGCCGCUUAUUCCGGUUCCCAGGUGCCGUCGAAGCUGACGUGUCUGUCCCUGGGAGUGGUCUCUGUCCUCUGCUUCGUGGCAGGUUUCGGCACCGGGGUUGAGUUUGUGCGCUUCCUGUCUUUCGGCACCAUAUUUAAGGAGGCCAGCGGAGGAGGAGCGGAGGAUGAGCCCCCUGUAUCGUGGCGAGACGCCAUCGGAGACGCCUCCUUCCUGCGUUCUCUUGGGAUAAACGUUGCGUUGCUGGUAUUAUUCGUCAUCCAGCAUAGCCUCAUGGCCUGGCCUGCGGUGAAGGACGUAGUGGGGAAGGUGUUUGGGGUCCUGCAGAGGUCCGCGUACAUCCUGUGCACCGCGGCAUCCCUGCAGAUCAUGAUGCGGUACUGGCAGCCCUUCCCCCGCGGACCCCAUCUCUGGAACGUCUCCACGGCCCCCUGGAGCGCUUGGCUCCCCCUGCUGUGCGCACUUCUCCAUACCAUAUCGUGGCUCCUUAUAUUCAGCGUCCUGCUGAUCUUCGACUAUGCAGAACUGAUGGGGGUCAAGCAGGUCUAUUACCAUUGCUUAGGAAUGGGGGACCCCCUGUCUCACAAGUCGCCCCGCGCUGCCCGCCUGUACGCCCACCUCCGCCACCCCAUCUACCUGGAGCUCCUGGUCAUCCUCUGGGCCGUGCCGUCUCUCGGUCCUGACCGUCUGAUCCUCGCCACCGCCCUGACCCUCUACCUGACCCUUGUCCACCGCCUGGACGUGCAGGAUUACAGCUACCUCCGCUCCCAGCUGGAGAAGAAGUUCACGCUCUUCUCGCGAGAGGAAUUGAGCUCCGAAUAUAGCGCCUUAUGGAAAAAAGACUGAACCGGGAGUGCGGGGCUCAAGGAGAAGGCUCGAGAGCGGCGGUCUCCAAACUGUGGACCUCCAGCUAUUGCGGAAUUACAUCUCCGGGCCUGCUGGGAGUUGUAGUCUUGCAACAUCUGUAGGUCCAC